CACACGCAGUACGUACCCAACAUUCAGCAGAGCAGGCUAGCCCAGAAUGGCCAACGCAAUGUUGCUCCCUGUGCUUAUCUCCUUCCUCAUCCUGCCCUUCUCCGCCCUGGCCCUGACCCAGGACUUCUGCGUGGCCGACCUGGCAUGCCCCGACACGCCCGCUGGGUACCCGUGCAAGCCGGGCGUCGGCGCGGGCGACUUCUACUACCACGGCCUGGCCACCGCUGGCAACACCAGCAACCUCAUCAAGGCGGCCGUCACACCGGCCUUCGUCGGCCAGUUCCCCGGCGUGAACGGGCUCGGCAUCUCCGCCGCCAGGCUCGACAUCGCCGUCGGCGGCGUCGUGCCGCUGCACACCCACCCGGCCGCCUCCGAGCUGCUCUUCGUCACCGAGGGCACCAUCCUCGCCGGCUUCAUCAGCUCCUCCUCCAACACGGUCUACACAAAGACGCUCUACAAGGGCGACAUCAUGGUCUUCCCACAGGGCCUGCUCCACUACCAGUACAACGGCGGGGGCUCCUCGGCCGUCGCCCUCGUCGCCUUCAGCGGCCCCAACCCCGGCCUGCAGAUCACCGACUACGCGCUCUUCGCCAACAACCUCCCGUCCGCCGUCGUCGAGACCGUCACCUUCUUGGACGACGCGCAGGUCAAGAAGCUCAAGUCCGUGCUCGGCGGCAGCGGCUAAUCAAGCUCUCUGCAAGGUGGUUUCUGUUGGUGUCACCGUGUGGUGCA